AUGACAAGUCUUAUUAAAAAAGACUAAAAGAAAGCUCCAAAUUAGUUCUUAAAUUUUGAUUAAUUAGCUCACAAGAAAUAUCACUAUGAUCAAAAAAAAGCAAAUGAUUUAUCAUUUAAGCAAGAAUAAUAUAUUAAUGAUUUAAAAAAAGGGUAUUUCUUCCAUAAUUAUAAUAAGUUAUGAUUAAUAAAAACUAGAGAUUGAACCUUUGUUUUAGAAGGUUGAAUUGUUGUAGAUAGAAAGAAAAUAAUUGAUUGAUGAAAUAGAACAAUAUAAAAUUAGUUAAAUGGAAAUUUUAAAGAAAUACGAAUCUGAAUAUUAAGAAAAAGAUAAAUUAAAUAAGGAAUGUGCAAAACUAAAACAAUAAAUUCAAGCAUAAUAGAAGAUAUAAAUGCCAAAAGAAUUUUAAGAAAAAAAAAGUCUUGAAUUGAAAGAAUCAUUAUUUAUUACAAUAAAAGAUAUUAUGCAUGAAUUUGUAGACAAUUAUAAUCAUAAAUUUGGAUUUAAAGAUGAAAAUGGAAGUAUUUUAUCUUAAUAUUAUAAAGUUUCUACAAAUUUAUUAGAUGAACUGUUUUAAUAAAUUGAUGAUUCAAUUAUACUGUUUGUAAAUAGCUUAUCAGUUUAAUCAUCAUAAUAAUUUUAAUCAGAAGAAAUUUAACAUUUGAAAGAUGAAAUAUCAAAAACUCUACAAAUAGUUUCAAAUUUUUAGGCUGAGAAUUAAGAUUUAAGUACAGCUUUAGAUAUAGAAAAACAAUAGAAAGAAAAAAUAAUCAAUUAAAGAAACACUUAAUAAUAGUUAAUUAAUUAAUUAUAAAAUUAAAUUGAAAUAUUAAAUAAUGAGAAAAAGCUUCUUGAAUAAUAAAUGUAAGAGGUUUAAAUGAAAAAUUUUGAAUUUUAACAUGAUUUAUGUAAAGUAAAUGAAUUUUAAGAGCAAGAAAAUGAAAAACUAAAAACUGAAUUUAUUGAUUCAAUUAAUGAGCUUUAAAAAUAAAUCUCAAAAUUAUAAAUAGAAAAUUGUAGACUAACAACAUUUAUAGAAAAUAAUACAUAAUAAUAAAAUAAUGACACAGAAUAAUUUAAUAAUUAAGUUAGAGAGUUAGAAAGUAAACUAAAUUAAGAAAUGAUGAAAUAUGAAUAAAAAUCUAGAGAGGUAAAUAAUUGAUUUUAAUUAUUAGAUGUUAAGAUAUGAAAAAGAAUUGAAUUAAUAUAAAGCUGAAGCGACAAAAUUAUUUGAAGAAAAUAAUUUAUGCUAAUAGUAAUUAGAAAUGAUUAAAGAAAAAAGAAAAUAAGAUAAAGAUGUACUAAAUAAAUAAAAAGAAAAAUAAAAAAAAAUGAAAUUGCAAUUAUAAUAAUUACAAUAAUCAGAGAAAGAAUCUUAAAUAAAAAUAAUUUAAUUAGAAGAACAAAUUAUUCAACUUGCUUAAUAGUAAGAGAAAGAUGAUGCUAAAUAAUAAAUAAACUUUAAUAAAGAAAUUUUAAUGGAAAAAGAGCUAUAAUUAUCAAAAUUAGAUUAACUUGUUACAGAGUAAUGCAAUAUAUUCUAUUUAGAUCUAAUUAAAAAAAUCUUGAAUAGAAGUAAAUAAUAAUAGAAAUGAAGAUUUAAAUUAAUUCAUUAGAAUAAGAGCUAUAAUAGUAAAAGCUUACGAAUUAAUAGCAUUAAGAAAGAAGAGCAACUGCUUUUAGUGAGAUAAAUCGUUUGGAAUAGUAAAAUUAAAUUUAAAAAUAAGUAAUUUAUGAAGAAAUAAAUUAGCGUAUAAAUGAUUAGGAUUUAAAUAUCAAUUAGCUAUAAUCUGAAAUUAAGUAAUUAUAAUAAUAAUUAAUGAAAUAACCAAAAGUCAAUUGUGAAUAAAAUAAUAUGCCAACUCUUAAUUAAAGUUGUAGCAAAAAUUCUAUGGUUGAAGGAAAUAAUUUAGAUUCAUCAAGAUUAUCAGAUGUUGACACACAAAUUUCGAGAACUGCAAGAGCAACUAAUUUAAUUUUAAAUGGGCUAAAUUAUUUUAAAGUUAGACCUUAGGUUAUUAUUUAAUAAACUGAAGAUCCAAAUAGAAAAAUUGCUGAAAAGGCUUUAUAGAAAUAAGCUGAAGACUUGAAAUUCAGUUUAGAAUAAUUAUAUAAAAGCUUCAUAUCAACCUUAUUACUAAAUUAAGUAAAUGAUGAGAAAUUCGUGAAAUUUGAAAGAGAAAUUAAUUAAUGUGUUAAAAAGACAUAAGAUUUGAAUGAUAAUAUUGAAGACUUUUUUUGA